GUUAAUGUCAUGCCAUUGGGAACGGAACCCCCACCAAUAACUGGGGACCGCCUGUAUAGCCUACCUCAAGACGCUCCUCAUCAUGUUGCCUUGGCCAAAAGAAUGUCUUUGGCUUCCAAAAUAACUCUUGGAGCUUCUUGUGUUCUUACUGUGGGAAUUGUAACAUAUGUUCACGUGAAACAAAAUAUAGAUAGAGAAAAACUACAUGAAGGAGUUAUUAGAGAUGUAGAGCGACAACAGAGAAGAAAGAUUGAAAAUAUUUAUGUGCUACAGCAACAAGCAGAGCUCACUAAGCAGUUGCGUGCACAGCAAGAAAAGGUUGAAGAGCUAAAGAGACAGUCUGAUGAAGUGGUGGUUUGAUGUAGAUGUUUUUUUUUUAUGAACUGACAAGUGUAAAUCAAGGAAUUUUCUGUACUUGCACAUGAAGUACAGGAAUCCUCCAUAUGAAAAUCCAGUGGUUUGAUACUAAGCUCUUUGGGAAGUCAAGGAGCUAAUUUCAUGUGAAUAUCCUGUAUAUAAUUUUCAUUUUAAGCAUGCAAUGUUUUAGCGUUAAAGAAGGAUAUGUGUACAGAAAUUAUUUGAAUAUGUACUAUACAGGUUUAAAUAUAUACAGUAUUGUAAUAUA